AAUAAGAACACUUUUUUUCCAUUCUCUCCGAAAGUGCAUGGAGCAGCUGCCGCCCAAGGCUCCGAUCCCGAUGUCCCACACCUGGUCUUGGGCGGACGAGUUUCUCGACUUCUCCGCGUGGCGACGUGGGGCCCACCGCCGGACGGUGAGCGACCCCAUCGCCUUCGUGGAGUCAGCUGCGGCCGGGUUCGAGGGGCUGGACGACGAGCAGCUGCGGAGCAUGUUCUCCGACGAGGUCACGGUGGCGGAGGCCGAGGCGGUUGGGCCGCCGUCCGACCCGUCCACGCCGUCGAACAGCGACGGGGACGAGAGGAGGGCGGCGGCGGCGCGGCUGAAGAACGAGCUGGGGGAGGCGGACGGCGGAUGUUCCCAGCCGGCGGGGAAUAAAUCCUCUGAAAGUAAUUACUCUGGCGUGGCCAAUAUCGUGGAUCCAAAACGGAUCAAGCGAAUCUUGGCAAAUCGGCAAUCAGCUCAGAGGUCUCGAGUGCGAAAGCUACAUUACAUUUCCGAGCUUGAAAGGAGCGUAACAUCACUACAGACUGAGGUAUCAGCAUUGUCUCCAAGGGUCGCAUUUUUGGACCAUCAAAGGCUUCUAUUGAAUGUGGAUAACAGCGCUCUUAAGCAGAGAAUAGCAGCUUUGGCUCAGGACAAAAUUUUCAAAGAUGCCCAUCAAGAAGCACUGAAGAAGGAAAUAGAGAGACUGAGAAAAAUCUACCAUGAACAGAACAUUAAGAAGAUGGAGGCCAACGCCGGAGAUGACGUCAUGCCAAUAUCGCCGGUAGCAACCGCCAGCAAAAGGGGCUGUUUGGAAGAUGAAUAA